UGUUCACCAAUGCAGAACUUAUUUUGAAUUAGGUUUCUUUAAAUCUCUAGUAAAAAUAAUCAUAUUGACUGUCAGUAAACAAUGGAUCAUGCUUUUUCGAUAGCUUCACUACUAGAUGCUGAUGAACGAAAACUACUUAUUGCCUGCGAUAAUGGUGUUGGUAAUGAAAGUUGUAAUGAUAAUAAUCCUUAUAUUCACAAUGAUGUGUGUAUUGCACAUAAAAAUAUGGCCAAUAAUUCACCUUGUACGACACAAAGUCGAAGUGAUUUAAACGUGUUUUUACAAAAUAAUGAUCAUUUUCAACUUCAUCCAAUUUUUACCACUGUCAGCUCUAAUAUGGAUACAUCAGUACCCAUAAAAUCAAUGAAUUACUCUUUUCUCCAUGAUAAAUUCGACCAAGAUUAUUUUCGUGAAUCAUCUCACUUAUCUGAUAAGCAAGAUGUUGAUGAUAAAAAGGAAGGACUUACAAUAGAAGACGAUCAAAGAACAAAUUAUAAUGAUCCAGAUAACUAUUCAUCGUUGAACCAAUACAGUUGGACAGUCGAUGAACAAUGUGAAAAUCACGAUAAAUUAAAUUUCAAUGAACAUGAUUCAGAUCAUAUUCACAGUGCUGAAUAUGCUUUAUGUAGAAAUCAGCUGACUAAUUGGUUGAGUCAGAUAAAUAAAACAAGGCAUGGACAUAAGAAUAGCGAUAUUACUACUGGAGUCAAUACUACCUCCGACAUUAGUACUCUUGGUUCAAGAUAA